GGGGCGAAGAUCGAUGAAGAUUAUUGUUCUUUUUAAGGAUACCUUAGCUUCCUCCCGCCGCCUCUCCUUUGAGCUUUCCUGCUAGAGACCGUGAACAGAGUCAGGGAUGUGAGGAGAGGGGGAAAAACGCCAGGAGCUCCAGCCAGCCGGGGAGACCCUCCUCUCCGUGGAGGGGAGGGGGAUUUCCAGCGACAGAUCAUUGGCGAAGGGGACCGUCGCAGGGAGAGGAGCCCCGGAGGGAGCGGGGAAUCCCACAACCCUUUGUGGUGCCCGAGCCCGUGCCGCCUGCUGAGCGGGGUCUGUGGGAGCUAGUUGUGUUGGUGGAAAUGCCUGCCUCAGAGGGCUAUCACUUCAGCUGACACUCCCACAGCUCAUUCUUUUGAGGAGCCUGGCUCUGUGGCUUUGUCUAGUUCAAAAUGGCAGAAAAGGUCCCCCCUGGCUUAAACAGGAAGACUUCAAGAUCGACACUGUCCCUUCCACCAGAACCUGUGGACAUCAUUAGGAGCAAGACAUGCUCGCGGAGGGUUAAAAUCAACGUGGGGGGCCUCAACCACGAAGUCUUGUGGAGAACGUUGGACCGGCUGCCCCGGACGCGCUUGGGGAAGCUCCGGGACUGCAACACACACGAGAGCCUCCUGGAGGUGUGCGAUGACUACAACCUCAGCGAGAACGAGUAUUUCUUUGACCGGCACCCGGGAGCCUUCACUUCCAUUUUAAACUUCUACCGGACAGGCAAACUCCAUAUGAUGGAAGAAAUGUGCGCGCUCUCAUUUGGCCAAGAGCUUGAUUACUGGGGGAUUGACGAGAUCUACCUGGAGUCCUGCUGCCAAGCCAGGUAUCAUCAGAAGAAGGAGCAGAUGAACGAAGAACUGAGGCGGGAGGCCGAGACCAUGCGAGAGCGGGAGGGAGAAGAGUUUGAUAACACCUGCUGCCCGGAGAAGCGGAAGAAGCUCUGGGACUUGCUGGAGAAACCUAACUCGUCAGUGGCUGCAAAGAUCUUGGCCAUCGUGUCUAUCCUAUUCAUCGUACUCUCCACCAUCGCUCUGUCUCUCAACACUCUACCAGAGCUGCAGGCAACAGAUGAAUUUGGCCAACCCAACGACAACCCCCAGUUAGCCCACGUGGAGGCUGUGUGUAUUGCUUGGUUUACCAUGGAGUACCUUUUACGCUUCCUGUCCUCACCAAACAAGUGGAAGUUCUUCAAAGGCCCCCUAAAUGUCAUAGACUUGCUGGCCAUCUUGCCAUAUUACGUCACCAUCUUCCUCACGGAGUCCAACAAGAGCGUGCUGCAGUUCCAGAACGUGAGGCGCGUGGUUCAAAUCUUUCGGAUUAUGCGGAUCCUUAGGAUCCUGAAACUCGCCAGGCAUUCCACAGGCCUGCAGUCCUUGGGGUUCACCCUCAGACGGAGCUACAACGAAUUGGGCUUACUGAUCUUAUUUUUGGCCAUGGGGAUAAUGAUAUUUUCCAGCCUGGUAUUUUUUGCAGAGAAGGACGAAGACGCUACCAAGUUCACCAGUAUCCCAGCGUCGUUUUGGUGGGCCACCAUCACCAUGACCACCGUGGGCUAUGGUGACAUUUACCCGAAAACACUAUUAGGGAAAAUCGUGGGAGGCCUCUGCUGUAUUGCCGGGGUUCUGGUUAUUGCCCUUCCCAUCCCAAUCAUUGUGAACAAUUUUUCUGAGUUUUACAAGGAGCAGAAACGCCAGGAGAAGGCAAUUAAAAGGAGAGAGGCUCUUGAGCGGGCCAAGAGGAACGGAAGCAUUGUUUCCAUGAACUUAAAAGAUGCCUUUGCGCGCAGCAUGGAACUGAUAGACGUGGCGGUGGAGAAGGCAGGAGAGUCGGCCAGUACCAAGGACUCGGCUGAUGAUAAUCACCUGUCCCCAAGCCGGUGGAAGUGGGCCAGGAAAGCUCUGUCGGAAACAAGCUCCAACAAAUCUUUCGAGAAUAAGUACCAGGAGGUUAGCCAGAAAGACUCCCACGACCAGCUGAACAACACUUCUUCCUCCAGCCCGCAGCAUCUGAGCGCCCAGAAACUGGAGAUGCUGUACAACGAGAUCACCAAGACGCAGCCUCACGCCCACCCGAACCCGGACUGCCAGGAGCAGCCCGAGAGGCCCUCUGCGUACGAGGAGGAGAUCGAGAUGGAAGUAGUGGUGUGCCCGCAGGAGCAGCUGGCCGUGGCGCAGACCGAGGUCAUCGUGGACAUGAAGAGCACCUCCAGCAUUGACAGCUUCACCAGCUGCGCCACCGACUUCACAGAGACCGAGAGGUCGCCCCUGCCGCCGCUGACCGCCUCCCACUUGCAGAUGAAGUUCCCACCCGACGUCCCGGGGACGGAAGAGCACCAAAGAGUCAGGGGGCCCCCAUUUCUAACACUGAGCAGAGAGAAAGGGCCCGGGGCCAGGGAUGCCAUCCUGGAAUACGCUCCAGUCGACAUCACUGUGAGCCUUGAUGCCAGCGCUUCCCAAAGUGGGCUCCACGGCCCUUUGCCGUCGGACGGUACCUCCGAGAGCCCUAAGAGUUCGCUGAAAGGCAGCAACCCCCUAAAAUCCAGAUCGCUCAAAGUGAACUUUAAGGAAAACAGAGGCGGUGCCCCGCAGACCCCGCCCAGCACAGCCAGGCCCCUGCCCGUCACCACGGCUGACUUUUCCCUCACCACCCCGCAGCUCAUCAGCACCAUCCUCCUCGAAGAAACCCCCUCCCAGGGAGACAGACCCUUGCUGGGCGCCGAGAUAUCCGCACACUGUCAGGGACCUUCCAAAGGGCUGACCCCUCGGUUUCCCAAGCAGAAACUCUUUCCUUUCUCGUCAAGAGAGAGGAGGAGCUUCACCGAAAUAGACACUGGCGAAGACGAUGACUUCUUAGAGCUCCAGGGGCCCAGGCAGGACAAGCAGGCAGACUCCAGCCCCAACUGCUUUGCAGAUAAACCUAGUGAUGGAAGAGACCCUUUGAGAGAAGAGGCCUGUGUGGGCUCUUCCUCCCCCCAGGACACAAGUCACAACUGUAGGCAAGACAUUUACCAUGCUGUGGCGGAAGUAAAAAAGGACAAUAGUCAAGAAGGGUGCAAGAUGGAAAACCACUUGUUUGCCCCAGAAAUUCAUUCCAACCCGGGAGACACAAGUUAUUGUCCCACACGUGAAACCAGCAUGUGACUAGUUACAAAAGCAAUAAUAAUAAUAA